CGUUGAGGGCGUGGUUUCUGCAGGGGCGCCUGAAGGAGACUUGGGGUCGUUGGAGCUGUUGCCUUUGGCUGGUCCGGGAGUUGCGUUGCAGCCGCUGCUUGCGCUUCAUGAGGAAGAUGCUGGCCGCUGUCUCCCGCGUGUUGUCUGGCGCUGCCCAGAAGCCGGCAAGCAGAGUGCUGGUGGCAGCUCGUAAUUUUGCAAAUGAUGCUACAUUUGAAAUUAAGAAAUGUGACCUUCACCGGCUGGAAGAGGGCCCCCCUGUCACCACCGUGCUCACCAGGGAGGACGGGCUCAAGUACUACAGGAUGAUGCAGACUGUGCGCCGAAUGGAGCUGAAGGCAGAUCAGCUGUACAAGCAGAAGAUUAUUCGUGGCUUUUGUCACUUGUGUGAUGGUCAGGAAGCUUGCUGUGUGGGCCUGGAGGCUGGCAUCAACCCCACAGACCACCUCAUCACAGCCUACAGGGCUCACGGCUUCACCUUCACGCGUGGCCUUUCUGUCCGAGAGAUUCUCACGGAACUUACAGGACGCAGAGGCGGCUGUGCUAAAGGGAAAGGAGGCUCGAUGCACAUGUAUGCGAGGAACUUCUAUGGGGGCAAUGGCAUUGUUGGCGCUCAGGUGCCACUGGGAGCUGGGAUUGCUCUGGCCUGUAAGUAUAACGGAAAAGAUGAGGUCUGUCUGACUUUAUACGGCGACGGCGCUGCUAACCAGGGUCAGAUAUUUGAAGCCUACAAUAUGGCAGCUUUGUGGAAAUUACCUUGCAUUUUCAUCUGUGAGAAUAACCGCUAUGGGAUGGGGACAUCUGUUGAGAGAGCUGCAGCCAGCACUGAUUACUACAAGAGAGGCGACUUCAUUCCUGGAUUGAGGGUAGAUGGAAUGGAUAUCCUGUGUGUCCGAGAAGCAACAAAGUUUGCGGCAGCCUAUUGUAGAUCGGGAAAGGGACCCAUCCUGAUGGAGCUGCAGACUUACCGUUACCACGGACACAGCAUGAGUGACCCCGGGGUGAGCUACCGUACACGAGAAGAGAUUCAGGAAGUCAGGAGUAAGAGCGACCCCAUCAUGCUUCUCAAGGACAGAAUGGUGAACAGCAAUCUGGCCAGUGUUGAAGAAUUAAAGGAAAUUGACGUUGAAGUGAGGAAGGAAAUUGAGGACGCCGCGCAGUUUGCCACAGCUGACCCUGAGCCACCUCUGGAGGAAUUAGGCUACCACAUCUACAGCAGCAAUCCCCCUUUUGAAGUCCGUGGGGCCAAUCAGUGGAUUAAGUUUAAAUCAGUCAGUUAACAAGAGAUAGCGAAG